AUGGCAAGGGUUAUUGGCCAACAUACCUCAUUAAAUCAGAAUUUUCAGUGUAAGAAGUUUCACCUCUGGCACAGAAUGCACAGAUCAAACAGUGUGAAUAAUGUUCAUCAUGGAAAAAGAUGUAUCCAAUGCAAGCAACCAAUAGGCAGUAAAGAUGAAAUAGAUAUAUACCUGAUCAACGACGGCAAUGUUAGUGAUCGCUUCAAACCAUUGAUCUGCCUCAGUGACAGGGUUGUACGUCCUGUUGUAACGGAUAGCGGUGAAAAGACGCGAUCUGUCCGCCCGUUCGUUCAAAUGUUCCUCAUGCAAGGUUGUAUGAAUGUGCUGGUGCAUGUGCAUGGGCUGUUAAUCGAAGUAGAUGUUAUGAAUAUGGAUAGGAGAAGCAAAAAAUCAGACAAGGCUGAAACUUAG